GGGGCCGUGCCGGGCGGCAGCGGCGGCUGACGGGGCUAGCGCGGGCACCAUGGGUUAGAAUAUUUAUUCAAAAGGCCUUGAAAUGCUCCUCUCAUUUGUAGGAGUCCAUGAGUGCUGUGGUCUAGUAUUGGAAGCUACAUUUGGAAAAAUGCAAGCAAAAAACUUUUUCCUUUCAGUGUUGGUCCUUAUAUAAAUUAAUUGAGUGCUUGCUUGUUUUACCUAAUGGGGUUGAAAGAUCAUGUCCAGUUUUCUUUGCUGGGUGCCUGUACUGUGGGCAAAUAAUCUUUGUGUGUGAUUCCGUGACGUAAGCAAAGGCAAAAGAUGGUGAUCUACUUCUGUGCUGUUUGGAAGCAGUAUUUUCCACUUCCAAAGUGACAGGAGAAUGAAAUGUUCAUCAGUUUCUCUUUUACCAAGAGGCUUAGAAAUCAAGUUUUAAAUCUCAACAGCUGCCAGGCUGGGACUGUCCAGACACAUCAGUGCAGCUGCAGUGUCAGUUAGGUCAUGACUUCAAGCUUUGCACAAGUGUCUUAAUACUUGGGAAGACCAUGGUGUUUUAGACUGUUCAGCGGAGGCAUUAAAAACUUUUCUUUUUUUUAUACUUGGAAUGAUUCCUGUAAUGGCAGAACCUGUUCUUUAAAAAGCAAGUCUUCUAGAGAGUGGGAACUUCUGUAGUUCCUACUUGUCUUUUUUGUGGAAAUAUUGGGCAAACUAAGUUUUGAAUAUCUUGGGAAAAUAAUAAUGAAAUGUAAAUAACCUUCUUUUCCCUAUGUCAUACAUAAUUUCUCAGAACUAGUCUUUUUAUAAUUUAAUAAUAUAUAUAUAUGUUGGUGUUCACUGCAACAGGUAUUCGAUAUUGCCUCUUCAGUAAUAAUGAUAAAAUUGCAUUUUUAUAAAUGCCCUUGUUCCAUACAUGAGAUUUCUAAAGCAAUAACUUGAUUUACCUAAUGACCACUAGUUCUGUAAUCUUUGUGCUCAGGGAGCCUCAGUGGUAAAUGAAGCAAGACUGUCAGGUAAAAUGCUGUUCACUGACUAAAGCAUAAUUUUGGUUUCAAACAAAUCACCUUGUUUCAAAGGGGGUCAUGCACAUUCCAAGCAGCAGUUUAUGGUUCUUCUUUGGCUCUGGAAAUACACUGGUCAAGAGAGAAGUUACUUUGUCUUUGAAAGAUUCUGUGAGGGUGAGCAGUUGGGUGGUAGUAUUGAAGACCUUGUAUAUUCUUCGUGCCACUUUAUACAUCUUUUGUUGAAAACAAUGGUAGGUGCAUGAAAAUUCUAAUUCAGGGAAGCCUUAGUCAUGAGAAUAGAAAAAAAAGUAAAAAUCUGAUUUUAUUAAAGAGCUCUCUUGGCAUAGGUUUCUUUUCCAAAAUUAGCUGUAUGAAUGUCUGAUUUUCACAAAUCAUAGGAUUUGAACUGUCUCAGAUUGCUGAUUAUCAUAACGAUUAUAGGAAUUCUAUGAAAGUAGUCCUUUUCAUAGGAAGCAUUCACUUCAAGAUGUUGCACAACAAGCUCAUUUUUCUUUCACCAUCCUAUAUAAUAUUUCCUACUGUUUAGAAAACAAUUUUGAAUUGCAUUUAAGUUUCAGGAGAACGCAAUCUUGCUUUUGCAAGCUGGAGCUUUAGGAUGGACACAAACAUGUGAAGAAAAAUUUGCAUAUGAGAAAAAAAUUUAUAUAGUGAAAAGUCUCAUUUACAGCAAAAGCAGUAAUGUGUCAGCUAGUAAAUGGCAUUUCAAAGUGGUUGUACUAAUUUAUCUUCCAGACUUCACAACUAUCAUUGAUUGCAGUUUUAAAAUUGCUGGAGAUAGGAGCAUUUGUUACAUUCUCUUAGAAAUCUUGGUGGCCACUACUGUUACAGCAGAAAUUUUUCAAUUUCACCCUUGAAAAACCACAGCUGUGUUAGUAUGUUUGUGUGCUACCAUGGAAAUAUAUUGUUAUGCCCUGUAUUAAUAUCUGUGGAAUACUCAAAUACAGUUGUGUCAAAAUCCUGCUUUUACAAGACUUGCCACAUCAGAAAGUAAGCAGUGGGCAUUAAAUUUCUGAAGGUGAAAUGGUGAAUGGGAUUCUGCCAGCUGUUUAUCAGUCCUACAGUUGUAUCCCUACUGCAGUCCUGGUGCAUAGAGCAGUUGCCUUCAGCUCAAGGCCCUCAUCUUGUAAUAGGGGAGAUAGUUACUGUCAGAGAACAAGUAGUUUCAAAGUCCUGUGUAAAGCUGGGCAUUUGAAUUGCUUGUAAUAUAUAGACAGGUGUUAAAGGGAAGGAGAGAUGGAAAUCCCUGCCCUUUUACUGCAGGUAAGGAGGAAUAGCCUUGGGCAAGGUCAGAAUAAGGAAACUGGAGUGGUGUCUUUGCAUAAUGCAGUCAGCCUUUUCUAUCCUUGUACUUCAUGUUCUAUCAAUCAUUUAAUGAUGAAAAGAAAAUUCUUCUGUAGGUAGAAAUACUUUUAAAAACUUGUUGGAAUUAGUUUUGUUACUCUGAGAUGGCUUUUGAUGUUUUAUAAGUACACCUACUGUGUAGAUAAGAGUAUCGUAACUUUAUCUUAAUUGCCUAUUCUGGGUUUUUGUCCUUCUAGUAAUCAGCAACUCUGUGUCCAGGUAUGUAGUAUAAUAGACUGUGAAAACCAAAGUCCAGGUUAUACUUUAUUCAGUCUUACACUUUUGCCUUUUUGGCCUGCCAUUUUUUUCCUACCAAUUUUAAGAAAUCUGUCAGUCUUCACUUUAAUGUGACUGCUAAAACUAUUCUUGUGGACCACUUAAUGUGUUCUCUGCUCUGCUUUAUUUUAAGCUUUUAUGUAAAGUGUGCUAUGCUACUCAAACAAAGGUAGGAAUGCCAUGGUUGCUGUAGGAUCAGGAAGUGACCACAGUGCUCAAGACGUCUGAGAAACCUCUCAUCAGAGAUCUUCCUCUGUGGAAGGAAGACAGCCAGACUGCAGUUUAUCAGACUGUGUUGUUGCUGCAUGGCUGUACCAUUUCAGUCUUGUUUUUGACCACGAGGUUUCUUGCCAGCCUGUGUUUUGCAGAAAAAAUUACAUAGUCGGCUUUGAUUCUCAUGCUUCCCAGCAUUAGAGAUUGACAGAAAUGUCUUUGAUCAGCAGAAUACAGACCUCUCUCUCUAGUGUCUUUAACUUGGAUUUCAAGUUUCAAGCUGCAAAGCUGAAGUAUGAUAGGGACAUGGAGGCAUGUGGAAUCAGUGUUGAAGACCUUAUGAAAUGGUUUCAGUUCCACAAACUAUUCUGUAACUGCAGAUACUUUAUUGAACCUGUGCAGCAGUUCCUCAUCUCUUAACAGGGUGUGAUAGGUGUACAGUUGGUGGUUACCAUGGUAAUGGCUAGUGUCAUACAGAAGAUCAUACCUCACUAUUCUCUUGCUCGUUGGCUUCUCUGUAGUGGCAGCUUACGGUGGUAUCAACACCCCACUGAAGAAGAACUUCGGAUUCUUGCAGGGAAGCAAAGAGGGAAGAGUAAAAAAGAUAGAAAAUAUAAUGGUCAUAUUGAAAACAAGCCCUUAACCAUUCCAAAAGAUAUUGAUCUUCAUCUGGAAACAAAAUCUGUAACAGAAAGGGACACUAUUGCAUUGCAUUACUUUCCCGAAUAUCAGUGGUUGGUGGAUUUCACUGUUGCAGCUACAGUUGUGUAUGUGGUAACUGAAGCCUAUUACAGCAUUAUGAAGCCCUCCCAAGAAAUGAAUAUCAGUAUAGUGUGGUGUCUGCUUGUCUUGGCUUUUGCAGUUAAGGUACUGUUUUCAUUGACUACUCAUUAUUUCAAAGUUGAGGAUGGAGGUGAAAGAUCAGUCUGUGUCACCUUUGGUUUUUUCUUCUUUGUGAAAGCAAUGGCAAUACUCAUUGUGACAGAAAACUAUCUAGAGUUUGGGUUGGAAUCAGGAUUCUCGAAUUUCUCAGAAAGUGCUAUGCAGUUUCUUGAAAAACAAGGUUUGGAAUCCCAGGGCCCUGUGUCUAAACUAACCUUCAAAUUGUUCCUGGCUGUUCUGUGUUCACUUAUUGGUGCUUUUUUGACAUUCCCUGGCUUGCGACUGGCUCAAAUGCAUCUGGAUGCUCUGAAUUUAGCAACAGAAAAAAUAACACAAACAUUGCUGCAUAUAAACUUCUUGGCACCUUUAUUUAUGGUUCUACUGUGGGUAAAACCAAUCACUAAGGACUACAUUAUGAGCCCACCUUUAGGCAAAGAGAGCAUUCCUUUAAUGUCAGAAGAUACAUUUGAUACCAUCAGAUUAUGGAUUAUAAUCCUGUUGUGUGUUUUACGGUUGGCUAUGAUGCGUCAUCAUUUACAGGCCUAUCUGAAUUUAGCCCAGAAAAGCGUGGAUCAGAUGAAAAAGGAAGCUGGUAGAAUAAGUAUGGUUGAGUUACAGAAAAUGGUGGCUCGGGUAUUCUAUUAUCUCUGUGUAAUUGCACUGCAGUAUGUUGCACCAUUGGUAAUGCUCCUUCACACAACUCUACUCUUGAAAACACUGGGUAAUUAUUCUUGGGGCAUCUACCCAGGAUUGAAUUCCGACACUCCAGUAGAAAACAGUCUGCUUCCCAAUUCUGUUUAUUCUGAGUCUCCACCUGCUGAUGGAAAGAUGAAAGUAACUGUACAAAUAACAAUGGCUCUGGGAAGCCUAAAGAAUAUUUUCACUCCUCUCCUGUUCCGGGGACUCCUGUCUUUCCUCACCUGGUGGAUUGCUGCUUGCCUUUUUUCUACAAGCCUUUUUGGGCUCUUCUAUCACCAGUACCUGACUGUGGCAUGAACAAAUCAGCUGAAAGAGCAAGUGUGAGGUCAAAUUUUAGAUACAAACCCAGGUACCAAGAGGAGAUGAAGAGAAAAGAAAACUAUAUAAGUGAAGAGAAAAAACAUAUUAUUAUUAUGAUUAUUAUUAUUUUUAAACACUUCCUUGGUGUUCUCAGGGUGAAUAAUCUUAAAAUGUUUAAAAUUGGCAACUGGUUUUGUUAUUUUUGUUACCCAGAUGGUAGGUAACUAAUUCAGUUAUAGUCGUGGGACUGACUGACAUUGUUGUGUUGUAGAUGGUGGUAAGCAUGCUGAAAAGAUGUGACCUCUGAGUAUCUUGGUUUCCAUAAAUAGAAAGCCAAACUCAAAAAUUUGUUUUUUAAGCAUUAACAGUGACCGACUGAACUGCAUUCAGAGGGUACUGGACAUAGUGAUGGUGGCUGCCUAUCAAUUAACUCUUGAAACUGAGCCAUACAGUGAAAGGAGAGAGAGGGGAUUUAAAAAAAAUCUGUUGGAUAACUGUUGAUCAGUUUUCUCUUUGGAAAAUUAGAAAAUCCAACAGGACAAAAGACAUACUGUAUAUUACAGUAAGGAAAGUUGUAUAAAAUAUAAAUUUAACAGGAGUAGAUAUAUUUACCUGACAGGUAUUGCUGCCUAAAUAUUUUGCAGGAGUGCUUUUGCGGUAAGAAGAGAGUCAUAGCAAAUAUAUUAUUUCAGUCCCUGUAGUCAUUUUGAAGUAAUGACCAUCUGUAUCGGUGCUAGUAUUGAUCCACAGAUUGCAUUUGGAUCUCUUAAAUUUCUUCUUUUGAGGUAGUAGAUAAAUUCCACUGAAUUUACAGAAGAAUAGAAAAUAAUUAGUGACACCAGUCAAACACUUUAAAAUAAAGCAGUUUAAUUUUGCUGACUGACAGUGUAUGUAUAUGUGUAAUGUACAUAUAUAUUAUAUAUUAAAUAUUAUAUAUCAAUAUUUUAUAUAUAUAAUAUAUAUAAUAUAUAAUAUAUAUUAUGGUGUGAAUUACCGAAUCCUUAUUUUAAAUUCCUGAAUGUACCUUACAGGGCUGUGGGAGAGGGGUGUAUGUGUAUCUAGUAAUUUUAAGAAUCCCUUCUGAAAUGAAACUUUUUUUUUUUCUUCUCUUUUUUGAUUUUUUUUUUUUUUUUAGUUCAGUUGAAAGGGCUAUUUGUUUUUUGCACCUCUUUAGAGGUACUUAGCUAUACUAAAGAUCUUAGACUUGGAAGAAAAGAUAUGCUUACACUGUUAAUUUUACAAUUUCUGCUCUGUCAAAUCAUCAUCUUUUGCCACUUUAAUCUGUGCUAACUUAACCAUAUAAUGAUAAGUAAUAUAUCUUGGCUUCAGAAAUAGAUUUCCUGUAUAAUAAAACAGCUACGUAAUAAGAAAAAGAGCAAAGUAUUAACUUUACCAUUUUUGCUUAACUGGAGAGCUAGAUUCCAAUCAUAAAAUUAUUGACAGUUUUUCAGAUGUUUUGCCUAUUUGCAAAACAGGAAUGGGGAUUUAUAUGCAGUAGCUUUUUAAAACAGUUAAUAUUACACUUCGCAGAGGUCAGUGGGUUUUUUAACUAAUACUUGCUAGUUUUAUGUUACUGUUCUUUUUGUCUUGAAUUUGUGUACAGCUUUGGCAUAUAAUAAGCAUUUAUAAAUGGAAAAGCUUAACUAAAUAUUUAAUAUGUAGCAGACCUACCAUAUGGGAAAACAAACUCAAUGAAUGUAGAAAAUCAAGAUUUGAAACUGGUGAUAAACUGUCUUACUGUGUUGAAAGCCUUUUAAGUUAUUUAGUAGUUUAUUAAGUUGCUUUUAUUGGGGAAAGAUUUGUGUACACCAGCCUAGUACCUUCAGCAUGUGUUUGGGAUGUCUGAGGACACCUUGCAUGAUGCUGCUGGUUUCAUUGCAGUAUUUCAGUGCAACUUGGGUUGCAAGCUUUGGUUAUUUUUCACACCAACUUUUUGUAACUAACGAACUAAAGCUUGACUGUGAAUUGACCUAAAUAAUAAUAUUUGACCUCAUAGUUUCAAAUCUCAAAGCAUUCCUAGGAAGCGCCUUUCACAUGAAUAAUUGAAUGACAAGCAAUCAACAAUACUGGAUUCACUUUUGUAUUAAUUCAAGAUAUGUCAUUUCUACAAGAUACAUAAUUACUAAUAGAAUUAAUAAGGACAGCCUUUAGGUUAGAGUUGGGUGUUCAAUGUCAAUCUUUUGUUCAGAAAAAUAGAGCAAUGCAAAACAGUUUGAUUCUGAUAGUGAACUUGCCUGAUGAUGUUCACUGUAUAGAAAAUGUAACCUGUUGUUGCAAUCUGAAGGAGUAAAUUUUGGAUACUUGAGAAUACUUCAAAACAGUGUUAAACAACAGUUUCUGCUGACAUAGUUGUUCUGAAAGCUCAUAAGCAAAAGUGAGCUGCAGUUAUAUAAUAAUGCAUUCAGCAAAAGUAGCUUGAACUUCACGAAGCUUUUGCUAAGAGUUCAUGCCACCUUACUGUUCAGACUUCACACUGAUGAACAAUAGGCACCUGGUGUUACAAACACGAAGAUCACUGCUUGUGCCACUGUGCUGUUCCAUUGUUCUACAGACCAUUGUUAUGCAGAUUUGAACGGUUGAACCUUCUGGUCUCCCACUGACUGGGAGAUGGGCUUUCUUUGGAUCCAUUUAAUCCUGACUUGGGUCCAGAAGGCUUAUGGCUUAAAACUAAAAUCUGGCAGUAAAAGCCUUUGAAGUGUGUGGUGACAGUGGAACCAGAGGGACCAUAUUGCGAAGGUUGUGAGCAGUGCUUCCAACAAGUACACGAUAUGAUGAAAAAUGGGUUUUAAAGUUAAGUAGUAACCCUGAUAGUCCUGACUUCCAUGUAUAUUGUGUAAGGUUCAAAGGAAUAUCUGCUCACUUCUGUAUUUAGUUCCUUGAAACAGCAGCUGGGAAAUGUUUUUUUUGUGUGUUUGCUUCAUGGAGACCUUUAUCAGAAUUUAGCGAUGGGGGAAAAGCGUCAUGCAGAAGUGGAAAAGCAAGUAAAAUGUGGCUGAAAGGUUGGUAGCUGUUACUCAGUUCUUUUAAAGAUUUUUUUUGUCUUGCUUUUUG